UAAGUUACAUGUAGCUAACUUCACGGUAUACAGACCAGUGCAUCCUUCAGGUCGGCCGUGAAAGCAACAGUUUUCAGCGGACUUUGGCGCAGUGCGAGUGCAAUUCCGGCGCGGCAAUUUGUCAAACAAAACUUGUUGUAACCGUGCAAAACCAUCAUUAAACUUUUCCCGUAUUUUUCCGUUCGAUUUCAGCACACGGGGCACCGGUUUUGCGAGAUAAACCGCAUCAGAUGGACCCGAAAGCGCAUUUACCGAGUGCAUAAUUCGUGAUUUUCGUCGUUGAAUUGCGCUGGUUUCGCAACUGUUCAACUGAGAUCACUAUGGAUACCUAUGGAUACUAUCAAAACAUGGCAACCUAAUAAAGAAUUUAAGGGGCGCAAUAGGUUCAUCAAGUUUGAUGUCUUGCGUACGGGAAUCUUCUCCUCUUCAAGACUUCGACUCUGACAGCGAAAGGAAUGUCGGUUCGAAGCGGAGGUUCUGGAACCCGAAGAGGUGGUUCAAGAGGAAGAGCAAGCACACCGGCGAGGAUGUGGUCGUCGUGGAAGUCACGGAAAUCGGCAAGGACGCGCUGCGCAGCAGGUCUACCAGCGAGCUUUCGGUCACCGAUGAAGGAAGAAGAAGGAGCUCCUCGUCCAUGCACCCCGGCCUCAGCGUCUCCCACGACAGCAUCUUCCAUUCGCCCAAUUCCGGCUCGGACAUGGAGCUGGACAACGCCCAAAGUUCCUCGUCUUUGUCCAUUUCACAGCCCUUGGGCGAUCUACGAUUGCAGACUGAAUUAACAGAGAAGUUGAGACUUAGAAGAGGCCGUGGAGAUUUCAGUGAAGAUGACGAAGGUCUGCCACACAGCCCUUGUAAUUCCCCCACGGCGUCCGAUGGACUCCUAGUAGAAAAGACUGCAAUCAAAGAUCUCCCUACAAAAUCCCAUAGUUCCUGUAGCGAUGGAUCAUUACUUAGUAUGGGAAGUUGCGAUGACGAAGAAUCGUACGAGCAGCAUUCGAGGAAUUCCUCGAAAAUAUCCUUGCAGGACAAAAAAACGAAUCAAGAUUCAGACGCGGAAUUGUCAUUGAGAUCGAACGGUACACCGUUGAAUCACAGCGCAGCGCAUCAUCGUGUAUCUUUAAAGCCCAAAAGGACUCAUGGGGCGCCGAAAAGAAAGCGACCGCAAACGGUACUUUCCCAAGCACUACCGGUCACGAUCGAAGUCAACGAGGAACCACCGGUCCGCUGCGCGUCGCCGGAACUCACCAAAAAAGGUACCUGUACAACCCCACCCGUCCCCGCUCUCACCCCCCCUCUUGUUCGCUUCAGCGCUCUAACCGCGCCUCUAACGAACCGCUCAAAAAAAAACCGCUCGAAAUUUCGCUUUGCAGAAUCCCUAAGCGAGCUGUACAGCGCCCGCACGCUAACAGAAACCCAACUAAAAUGCUCCUCUCUGCCGCCCGGGCUGUCAGCUCCAGCGGCCAGCAGGUUGAACAGGAGCAAAUCGAACGCCGGCGCCAAGUCGCAGGAUCUCUUCGCCAAGUCGCACGAGCACCCGGACGAGAAGGACGAGAAGACGUCGCUGUUGGGCAGGUUCUUCCCCAGGAAGAGCAGCAGGAGGAAAAAGAAGGGCGACAAAGAGGCGAGGAGCGAGGAAGAGGCGAUUACUUCUAGCGAAAGAGAGUGGGAAACGUCGAUAACCAAGCAGGAAACGACUGUAACAGACUCUAUGAGGUCCGUUGAAACUACCGUGGUGACUACUAGGAAAGUGGAAUCCAGCAAGCCGGUUCCUGCGGUAAGGAUGGGGGUGGCUUCGAGGCAGCGCGUGGUGCCCAUGGACAUACCGGAGCCGCAGGACGAGGGGAAAAAGGAGCAGGUCCUGCGGAAAUCGUCGCCCGAAAGGGACGGCGCGUCUCCGUUGCAUUUGGAACUGGAGAGCAAAUUCAAGCAAAGACAGAUCUCCCUAUCCACUAGUCCAGCGGACGAGCCGCCGCCGCCGAGACAACAACCCCCGCCCGAACCCGACCCGCCGACUGUGAUAUCGCCCAAACACGACCGCCCGCCGGCGCCCAAAUCGCCGACCAAACACGCCGAACCCAAGCCCAAUUUGAAACUGAAGAUGCCGGGUCUAUCUUCCCUACAACAGCGCGUGUUGUCCCUCAACGAUCACUCGCCCGAAGACAGCUUCAGAUCGUUGACGGAGCCACAGACGGUGAAACCUCUCAGACCGAUCGCCAAGUCGCACAGCUUCAAAACCGUGAAAAUCAGCUCGGAGACGGCGAAGAACAAAACGGAGGAUUUCCUCAAGCGCGAGAAGGACGACAGUAAAGUUAGUUUCACCAAAGCGGUGUCUUUGGAUAGCGUUAAACACUUGGACGAGCCCGUAAAAAGCGAGGAACAAGCAGGCAUAACUAUCUCGGGUCCCAGUCAUACGGCGGUAGUGAACGUUACCAGCAAUCUGGAUAAUUUCAGUAACGUAUCCAAAUCGCAAACGUGCGAAACCAUCGACGGAUCCACGACUAUAUCCAUCAAGGAACAACAGGUAUCCAUUACAAAGAUACAAGUAAAAAAGACCACUCAAGCACCCAAGCCGGAAUUCCUCAACAAGCAAUUGCACAAAGUGGAAAUCAAACCUACCAGCAACGUCAUACUGUCGAUGAAAUCGCCCAAAGAUGACGCCCAAACCAGGCCGAAGACUCUCUUCAAUUUCGACGUAGACCCCGAAAUCUCCUCCAAACCACCGCCGGCCAAGAAACCGGAGGACUCCCCGUCGCCCAAAACACCUCCCGUUACGCUGAGCGCCAGCUCUCCGAGGUUCAAGAAGAAAUCCUCCAUCGUCUCCAUCAACCCCGAAUCUCCUGUCAAGGAAAAACCGGCCGUACGAAGGAAAUCCUCCAGCCUAUCGUCCCUCAACGACUCGGACAAAUCCUCGCAGGACAGCCUCGAGAGACUCGACGACAAGCGCAAGGACAACAAAGAGAGCCCGGUGGUGCUGCGAAGGAAGUCGACCAUCACCAAAACCAGCGAGGACGAGCCGGAGCUAAUGAAGGUCUUCGCCAGGCGAUCCCUCAAGCUAAAAGACGGCGAUAUCGAAGCCCUGCAGGAGAGCAUCAACGACUCGAAAACGAGGGACAGCGACAAGGAGAAUCGCAGCGAUUCGCCCGUCGACGAGCGCAGGAAAAUCGAGGAAAAACCCAGAGCGGAGAAACCCAAACCUGCGGAGAGGAAGAUCGAGCAACCGGAGCAGAAUUGCUCGCCCAUCGUGCUGCGGCGGUCGCUAAAUCACAACGUUUUCGUCGGUCAAAGGGCAGUUAGUAUAAAUCCCGCUAAAGCGGAUUUUAUCAUCAAGAAGCAGACGAAUUUUAGCGAGCACAGGAAAACCGAACAGUGGAUGUCGCACAUUCGAAACGAUGAUGUCGAGUUGAAGGAGAAGAUCGCGCAGGAUGAGAUGCUUGCCGGUGAUUUUAUUAUGGAACAGAAGAAUGUUAGUCAGAUGAAGGCGGAAUGGGAGAAGAGGGCUAAUUUGGCGAAGAAAACGACACCUUAAAAGAUGGAGAAAAAUCGAAGAUUCCAUCUGGCGUUUCCUCAAAAUUUUUUGUAACAUUUUUUAUUUGUAAAUAUAUUUGUUUAUACAUUAUUAUAAUAUUUUACAUCACUUUUUUUAUUAUGUUCGAUGGUCCGUUGGUGCCAUGCGAUGAAACCAGCGUUUAUUAAAGAUACGAAAUUGUUUUUUUUUUAACAAAAAAAAAGAAACCUUAGAUAGUUAAGUGCCUUUUUAUCGAAAUUUUUAUCUUUACACCGGAACCAAUUGCGAAGGGAAAUUCCAACGAAACGAAAUAUUUCAGAUGUAAACUCAUCGUUAGCUUUUCUUUCGCAAUCAGCUCCGUUUCGAACUAAGUGAUUGACCAAAUGUGAGAAUUAGAGCCUUGAAUGGUGUAUUUUAUCGUCGGAACCAAGCAUGUAAAUUUGAAAUUUAAAUCGUUUAAAAUGAUAUUUAAGUUUGUUCUUGUAUAUUACAUAAUAGAUAAAUGAUAUUUAUACCUCAUACACUUUUCAUUUCACCGCAAUAAUCCUGAAAAAAAAAACAAGCUGAUUCUAGCACACUUGAACUACGCAGGCGAAUCUUUGAAGCUUCUGUUACCGCCACUGGAGACAUAAGCAGGCAUCUAUUGAGAAAAACUGAAGCC